AUGUGGAGAGUGAAAGUGAGCAUUGUGAGGCUGUGGAAGCAAUACUCUGCUGCUGGAGGACUGACCAUUGAAAUGGUUCUCAUUGAUUCUAAUGGAGAUAAGAUCCAUGCGAGUGUGAAGAAAGAAUUGGUUAACAAGUUCGACCACCAGCUUGAGCAGGGGAAAACUCUGACUUUCACUAAUUUCUCUCUGAAUCAUUCGGUUGGCUCAUACCGGACGACAAACCAUCUUUACAAGAUCAGUUUGUUGGCCACAACGCAUGUGAGAAGUUGUGAGGCUUUGCCUGUAGGUUUAAAUGGAUUUACACCCGUGAACUUCCAGGAAGUUCUUGAUGGUAGUCUCAACCCCGACUUUCUAAUUGAUGUAAUCGGACAUGUUGUGGAAGUUAGCCAUGUUGAGAUGAUUUCCGUGAACGGAAAAGAAACCCAGAAGAUUUCACUUGAGCUAUGUGAUCUUGCGGAUGUCCGUCUUCCGAUGGUCUUGUGGGGAAACUUUGUUUCUGAUGUCACGAACGCUAUACAGUUACGUGGUGAGGGUCGUGUGAUCUUGGUCUUGAGAUUCGGCAAGAUUAAGGUUUGGAAAGAGGAUCGUUCCGUUUCAAACGCUUACAAUGUCUCUGAUGUCCAGCUCAAUCCCAACAUGGCGAAGGUCGAAGCAUUUAGGGCAAUGUUACCAGCUGAUGAACUUCAAUUGGCUAUUGUUGAAUCAAAGCCAUUAACGGUGGCUUCUGGUGUCUCUGUGAAAGAUGAUUUUUUCAUUCAUACUCCAAGGAAAACCAUCGCUGAGAUGAUUGAAUGUUGUCAGGUGGAGAAGUGUAUUGUUAUGUGCACCAUUUCGGCCAUUGAAACAGACAUGGGUAUAGCAUCAAGAUCUCAAUCCAUACAAUCCCCAAACAGCAGAUAA